AAAUGAUCACGCUGGUUCUUCAUCCCUUGCCACCAUGAACGUCUCUGGUCCCUCGCGACUGCAUGGUCCACAUCCGGUCCCUAAUUCAAGAGAAAAAGACAACGAUGAGGAUCUUACCCGUAUGGUCGCUGAAUUAGGUCUUUCUGAUGUUGAGAGAUUGCAGAGCCUAUAUGAUCACAGAGAGCGUCGAGGAAAGGGGCCCUCUGAUCGUGAAGUUGCUUUCAUAUUGCUGAUGCAGAAUGCCCGAGAACUUGCGGAAUUUAAUGCUGAUCUAGCACUCGCCCAGCGACUCGCUGUUGAUGGAGAUGAGGAGCCUGAUCCUACAGCUAGGCCAACACCGGCCGUUGCUCUCCAAUGCGACAUUGAAAAAUCAAAGAUGCAAACAUGGAGUCAAUUACUUGACUCCUUUCUUUUGACGCCCGUAUCGAGUGGUCAGACAACACCAACCCCGGGUCAAGCGCCGACUAUAACGGCUAGAUGUCCUCCUCGGUGAGAGUCGUCAUGAUACUGGUGUAAUGCUUAAACCGAACGAACCAUUAUACUAAGUAGGGCAACUGGUCACAUCUGUGUGAUUUGCCAUGAUCCUAUCUUCGGAGAGGAAGUUCUGGCACCAUGCAAUCACUUCUUCGAUAUCAGUUGCAUCACCGACCUAUUCCGGUCAGCAAUGCGCGACGAGCGCCUGUAUCCUCCUCGGUGUUGCCAUCAGAACAUUCCGCUACCGCAAGUUCGGCCUCACUUGACGCAGGCAUUCCUUACCGAGUUUGAACUCAAAGCCCAAGAAUAUGG